AUAAAGUCCCUAAUAUAUGAGGUUUACUGCGAAACAAAAAGUCUGAGUCGGGGGAGAAGAAACCAAAACCCCCAAAACCUAUCACUCCUUUCGUUCAGAGUAAACCCUAGAAAGUUGUUCAGUUAAAUCUAAUCCUUAGCUCAACAUGAGUCGGCCUAUGGAAGAGGAUACUAAUGGUGGCAAGACUGAGGAAGAGGAAUUCAACACAGGACCCCUUUCUGUUCUGAUGAUGAGUGUGAAAAAUAACACUCAGGUACUUAUAAAUUGCCGCAACAACCGAAAGCUUCUCGGACGCGUCAGAGCCUUCGAUCGUCAUUGCAACAUGGUUCUUGAAAAUGUCCGCGGGAUGUGGACCGAGGUACCCAAAACAGGGAAAGGCAAGAAGAAAGCGCUUCCAGUGAACAAGGAUAGGUUCAUCAGCAAGAUGUUCCUUAGAGGAGACUCUGUUAUUAUUGUUCUAAGGAACCCCAAGUAAUGGUGCUGCUUAAUAAUUACUACUAUUCAAGAGAAGUUGCUGCCUAUAAUUACUAUUCAGUAGAAGUACUUGGCUAUGGAGAGAAAAGAACAACUAUGUAGGCGUAUAAGUUGCUUUUCAUUCACUUAGUUUUGAACCUAACCGAGGAAAUACGGGAUUUUAAGCACCUUAAUUUGGGAGAAAAUUUUGCUCUCGCACUGCGAGAGCAAACCUUGAACUAGCAGUUGCAAAACCGUCGGACCCACAAGAUCUGACAUCAGCAAACUUUUGUUUAACCCAGGUUAUAUCUUCCCCAUUGUUUACCUUAUUUAGCGUAUUAGGUUGUCUUUUUCCUAAAGCCAUGUCUUUAAGCAACCACUUGAGCUAGAAUCGGUGCAGAUAGAUUUUCUCACAAUUAUGAAAAGUAUUUUCAACUCUUGGCUUGAAAACAUCAUCAAUCAAGGAAGAUCAUAAACUGUAUGUUUAUACAUGGACGAUGAUAAAGCACGUAGAGUCCAAUAUUCAAUACUCUGGCAAUUGGAAAAGACUUGUUCUGCUGAAUAUCGAUAUGUAAAUAUCUUUUUCAUUGGAUCAGCAUAUAUGCAUGCGACCAUCAUGCAAUAUUGUUAA